UUCACCAGCUGCUCGACUCGUCGCCGCUCUGCGAGUGCGAUUGAUACAAAUUUAUUCUGUUUACGUUCCCUACAUCUCUGAAGUUUUCUAGCGAAAUGCAGAAAACCUGCAAAAAUAUGUUUGCCCUUCGAACACAAAUAAGAAAAUGUUCAGCCCAGGCAGCUUUGGCGAAUCGUGGACCUGCACCAUCGACACAAGAAUCUCCGCAAACUGCUUUAUUUGAUAUGGAGCCCCUGAAGCAAGCCGAUUACUUUGGAGUGCAGAAGCUGGUAAAAAUAAACGACCUGUUUGAAGCCAAGGUGCAUUUGGGACACAUGGAGGGGUCUCUCCACCCAGCCAUGCGACCCUACAUGUAUGGCUCGAGGCUCGGCCACUGCGUUUUUGACCUGGAUACCACCGCGUCGCUGCUGCGGAGAAGCCUUCAUGUUCUGGCCAAUGUGGUGUACAGAGACGGCGUGGUUUUGUUCUUGUCUCCGCCAAGUCAGGGACCGACAGCCAGAGCCACCGAACUCUGUGCUCAGCGCUGCAAAGAGUUUUCGCACGUCCGCAAGUGGAGAGAAGGAACUUUCACCAACUCUGAAAAAAAGUUUGGUCUGGUUACGAGACUGCCAGAUUUGUGCAUUUUCAUUGGAACGCCGCACGACGCUAUUGUAGAAUGUGCUAAAAUGAAUAUUCCCAGCAUUGGGAUUGUCGACUCGAAUACAGACCCCACAUACAUUACCUACCACAUACCUGGCAACGACGAUUCGGCCAGCUCUAUCAACUACUUUUGCAAACUUUUCUCCAACACCAUCAACCUCGUCAAGGCAAAGAAAAAUGACAAGAAGUCAAACUAGUGCUCGAUGUUCAUUAAGCUGUGCUGCAUUAGGAUUUCAAUAAAAGAAAAGAAUAAAUAAUGAAUUUUUAUACUGAAAUAAAUUCCAAAUUCAUCAGAUUAGGGUUGCCAUCUCCGUCACUAAAUUUUUUUAGAUGGCCUAUGGCUUUUGAGAUUUUAUGUUUGCGGAACAUUAUGGAAACCCUAAUAAUAAAAUUGUAUUCCCGUCUCUAUGCAACAGGCGGUGGUUUUCCUGUGUGAAAGCUUGCCUGCCUGAAUCAUCCAUUGCAAUAGAGAAUUGAGAAAAAAUCAAUAUUUAGAUUUGAGGCGCAUGUGUGAAUUUGAUUUGCCGCAAUGUAAAAUAAUAUUC